UAUCAUAUUAAGAUAACGUAUUCUAUAAUAAGAAUAAUAAAAUCUUAGCGCUACUUAAGGCUUAACAAAACGGACUCAAACUUUUGUCGGGCGACUUGCAUAUUAUCUGAUUAUUCUUGCCAAAAGGGUCCUCAUUUUUUGACUUGAAGAUUUCCAUACACUUUCAUUAUUUACAUCAUCGAACAUCAAGAAGGUGUAAGGUUCAGGAUGACCGAGAAAACGUACUUCGAACACCUUGCGGCCACCGUGCUUGACAACCUCCGGUACCAGCAUGACUGGACCGAGCUGCAGAUAUUGACUCAUUCCCCCGUGGACAACUCGCCUCUACCCAGACCAAUGGUCUCCGGGCUCCCUCCUCGUCAACUCUACCUGCAUCCUGAUGACCAGAUCGAGAUGCUGAAAUCUAAUCCCGAUCUGGCGGGGCGUAUUCCAGAGAAGCCUGUCGUUGAAUGGGUACUGCCGACUCACUUGGCCGAGAAAUGGACGCUCAGGGCGUUUGCAAGUGUUUUCGAUUCUAUGCCGCCACAAACUCCAGCAAAUCCGGAUCGUGUUAAGAGAGUACUGCUUGCUACGAUGCACGACGAUUCUACCAUUGUCUACUAUUUCAUGCACGACGGCAUCGUGAAACCUCGGCAGAACUAGGCUUAUAACCUGGUGGCUCUAUCUCAUUCAACAAGACAACCUACCUAGGUAGCUUCGCUAUAUCUUCUCAGCUAUGGUUUGAAAAUUACUUUUUGUGCCUGCAUUUUGUCAAACAGGUCAUAUCCAGAUACAGCCAUAGAGAGCGGCAUAAUCUUCUCGAACAUAAACCUGGGAGAAGUUAAUGGCUACCGA